AUGGCUCCGUCGAGAACGAAAACCCUUAACUAUACCGUCGAGGUUGUCGACAAAGCCGGGAAAGCAAUCCAUACAUCCAAAACCAUCUUCGGAGCCCUCCGUGAGGCUCGCGAUGCCUACAAAGCAAAGAGAGCCGAACGUAAAGCUGAACGAGAUGCCGAGAAGGCAGCUCGCCGCGCAAUAAAAGAGCGUGCCUAUGAAGAAGAAGUCCGCGAAGCCCGUCGCGCCCGUCGGGAGGCUCGUCGUGCCAUCGAAGAUGACAGCCGAACAGAGGAUCGUCGUCGCGAACGCCGCGAACGCCACGAGCGUCGUAUGAUAGAGGAUGGAAGGAGUGAUGCUGGUACUGAGGUUAGGGAUCGCGAUGCAGGGUCUGAUACUUCAAGUAUCUACUCCAAUCGUGAGAGGAAUGGUUCAACCGGAGCUUUGACACUCAGGGGUGCUUCCACAGCAGAUUUGUCACUACCACCUCUGCCGCCAAGACCCGAAGUCGAUGAAGAAGACGAUCAUUUGACUGCAUUGUUCACACAAGUUCAAGAUAUUAUUGAUCACGCCGCCGCCGCCCAGAGCUCGGUUGUGACAUUGGUAGAUGCUUUAAGGCGUGAACCAGAGACAUUGGCGAUGGUCGGACUUACGCUGGCGGAAAUCUCGACCAUCAUCGCUAAGCUGUCGCCUGCAGCUCUUGCUGGUGCCCAGUUGAGCUGGCCUGUUGUUUUCUCAUUUUUGGCAAGUCCACAAUUUGCAAUUGUAGCUGGAGGUGUUAUUGGGACCACCGUUAUUUUGCUCGGUGGUUACAAGAUUAUCAAGAAGAUGAUUUAUGGUGAGCCAGCGAAACCACCAGAGAUCAUCGAUAUGGGUGGUACUGUUGUGGAGGAGGGUGAUGUUAGAGCAAUCACAGCUGCUGGCGAGCCGCCAGCACCAACCCCGGCGGUUAUGGAAAUUACACAAAAAGUCGAGGAGAUUAAGGUCAACGACUCAGCAAGAGAGAGGGAACGCGAAAGGCACCACAGGUCUAGGAGGAGUAGUAACAGUAACGACGAUCCGUUAGCAUUUGGUCAUUCCGAACCCCGAAGAAGGCACACACACCGCGAUGAGGGUUCUAGGAGAUCACACGAUGAUUCUAGAAGACCGUCGAUGUCCUCGAGAUCGCACACCGCCCCUGUCGAUACCAGAUCGGGCGAACUUACUAUCUCUACCAAAUCUCAGCAACCGGAAGUUCCGCCACUUGCUUUCGAUAUAUCCCCAAAGAAGGAGAAGAGAUCCUCAUCUCGGAGCCGGCCAUCGCGAUCAAAGAGCGAGUAUAAGCCAAGGAGCCCAAAAAGUGAUGACAGCAAGAAGUCCUCCGAAAAAUCAUCCGAAAAGUCAUCUGGAAAGAGGGAAAGAGAUACUAAGGACGCUGAAGAAGGAGGAAGGUUUUUUAUUGUGAGGAGGCGAAAGUGA